CCGUUGGGCGCGCGUUCACUGCUCCUCUCCCCGCUUUCGCGUGGCAGUCGCGCGUGCUUUGUUUUGCCUCGUGGGGCGCAUGGUGGCCGCCCUGUGAUCGGGGCCGCCUGGAGGAGCAACACAUUGGACGCUGUGCCGCGCACUCUUUCGGACUGCAAUUGUCUCGGGAGAGCGGUGGUCGCGCGGAACCUCGGCUGCCGAGGCUGACCGGCAUGGCCCUGGAGAACGCGGCGCGUCGUGCGUCGCCGACGCGCACCACGGCCCGGCCUUCCUCGAGCCAGGGUUCGGCGGCAGACAGCGAAAUCUGCCUGACGGGUGAUGGGGCGGGCGGCGUCGCCGCUGGCGGCCGUAGUCCAUCGAGCCAGCAGCAGCGCAGCCCCAGCCACAGCGUCCGCAGGAAGCCACGUGCCUCCCCGCACCGAUACCACGGCAGCCACAGCAACGGCUGCGCCUCGGCCACUGCGUCCCCUCUGCGGGACGCCAGUGUGAGCCGGUCUCAGUCCAUGCGCACCACACGCCGGCCUCACUCGCUGCAACGCCACUUCCGUGACCGGAUCGCCAGCAUCCCGGGCGACCUGCUCAUGGUGAACGGCGCCAACGACUCGCGUGGCUCGUCCAGCAGCUCGCUGCCCUGUGACGAGCCGGCGGCUGACGUGCAACGCCUCAGAAACUUUGCCGUCACCUCCAAGGGCGUCGUGAACCGCGGUGACUCUUUCCGUUCCAAAUCGCGCAGUACGCACAGUGUCGCCUCGACAGGUAGCGGCCACAAACUGGCUGUGCCGGGCUCCUCGGACGCCGGCGUCGACGCGACCAGCGACGCGUACUGCGUGUGCGCAUCGUUGGACGGAGACAGACGUGUAGUCAGCUCCCUGCAGCAGCUCAGUCCCGAGCCCGCGGUGCGCACGGACCGGGCCACGUUCGCGCUCGCCUGCCUUGAGCCGGCCGGCCCGAGCCUGACCGGACUGCCACCCGAGGUGGUGGUCACGAGAAGCGCCGAAGCAGCUGACCUGGCCCGCUACCGAAUCCUUGUCCUUGGCGCCCGAGAGGUGGGCAAGACGGCGCUCAUCAACCAGUUCAUGACCUCCGAGUACAUCUACGCGUACGACAGCUCGGUCGAUGAAGAGAAUGAGAAAUCGGUCAUGGUGGUUCUCAACGGAGAAGAGUCGGAGCUUAUCUUCAUUGAACAUGUACAUCAAGACGAACUGUUGCAGCACACGAGAAACCCGUGCCAGGCCUUAAAAACUCAACCGACGUUGUUCAACCCGGCUGCCAUGUAUCGCCCAGAUGCCUACCUUGUCGUCUAUAACGUCUGCAGCCGAAGCAGCUUGAAGAUCGCCAAGGAGUAUCUGUCUCUGAUACACCGCUGGGACAACGUGGACCAUAAGGCCGUCAUUAUGGUGGGCAACAAGACGGACCUCGUUCGUCAUCGCACUGUCACCACUGACGACGGACGCUACUUGGCCACCAACGAGCGGGUCAAGUUUAUCGAGACGUCGGCGUGCAUCAACCACCAUGUGGACGAGCUCCUGGCCGGCCUGCUGCACCAGAUUCGUCUCAAGAAUCAGAUCAGCUACAAGGAUAGCUGUAAGCGCGACUCGGUCCGAAUGCGGGGCCGCAACUCAAGCUGCACGUCAUCCUUCUCUGGGUGCAAGGCCAAGGUCUUCCUUAAGCGGUUCCUCCGGAAAGCCUGCUCGCGAUCGCGGUCCUGCGACGAUCUCCACGUCCUCUGAGCGGGACGCUGCUUCCUCGGCUCUGGUUGUGUUCUCUCUCGUGGCUCAACGGGCUCUCCCGCCGUGGCGCCUGUCGGAAACGCGCGCGUGCACUGAGACGAAGACACGGCAGUGACCGUGCGUCGUUGGCGCGAUUGGUUCUCUCGGCAUAGAAUUGGUAGGCGAGGUUUCUCUUUCUCGUUUCUUUUUUCUCGUCGAGGUUAUUCACAUUGCCAUGCAGGGACAACAUCAAGCUUAAGCGCGAUGCAAUCCGCGGGGCAAGCUCGGAUGUUCCGGCCUUGUAAGAGCCAGUUGACGUGUUUGAUGCACAGCUGCGCCGGUAUUUUGUAGCGAUGCCUUUCGGGUAAUAAUGCCUUUUCGCGCUUAUCGCGCUUUGUCAGUGGUCAGAGCGACGGUCCGCUCACGUUAUCAACGGGAUCAGCCGGCCGUGAGUGGUGGAUGAUAAGACUAGUAUAGAAUAAGUCAUAAGGCAUCGCUACAAAAUCGCGGCCCUGUAAGAGCAAGCGACCCGCUUUCCCUACAGCAAGGGCUGGUCAUUAAGUUCCCAGAAACGUCAAGUGAGCGCUGGCUGACAGUCAGUGUCCCACGAUCGUAACUCGUUAUCGAGUGCGGCGCGAUAGCAGCACGUUCCCUUCUAAGGCAACUGCCUGCGAGUAUCGACGCGCUUCUGCUAUUAGGGGGUCCUGCAGCGGCGCGCGAUAAGCGCUUUCUCUUCCUUUUUUCGUAAUUUUCGGAGCCUCCAACGCGCACUAUUUCCACCGCCGUGCUCCCAAGGCCACUACCGGUGCUUUAAAGCGCCAUGAUAUCGAUUCGCAUAACCAAAUCCGGCCUCGAUCGAAGGGAUUCAGUCUCCUUACUUUUCUAGACACUACUCCACAUACCCCGGCGAACGUCGCUGUCUUUCACAAACGUGCCACUUUUAUAUCGAGAAAUGCCGUGACAGGUUGAAACGCUCCGCUCAAGUGACGCGGAAAGAGCCAAACAAGUUUUCUCAGGGAGCUUUUGCAGGAGCGAUAUCUAUCCUGGUUGACUGGAGGUACAAAAUUGAAGCUGUAAGGCCUGUCAGUAUAUGGGAAAAAGGACCACUUCUGUACUGUAAACAGAUCGUCGUGGAAAGCGUAGCAGCAGAUUUUGCAGGACAUGGGAUGGCUCUUCUGGGAACUUAUUGAAUGCCCUUCGUAUAAUCAUUUGAUUUCAUUCCUCUCAGCGGAGCCCUUCGCGAGGUGGUCUGCCUUUGACAGCGCAUUUCACCUCGUUGAUUACACAGAGAGGGGGGAUAAACAUGCUGCCUUUUCUUUUUACUAUUGUAUGUACAAUUGCUCCUAUUGAGUUCCUUCGUGAGGGAACAAUGUGCAGGCCCAAAGCGCGAAAGUCGUGGUAUCGCUUGGUAACCGGUUGUAGGGGAAAGGUAACCGACGGAGAUAAUCAAAUCAUAUUGAUGCUCAUUGUCCUGGCGUUGUACAGGGAGUCGUGCUUUCAAAGGCCACUCUUCUUUGUUGUACAUUUCGCUUCCGUUGUUUACGUAGUACGAUUCGCUGUGUUUCACUGUGCGCGCACAAUGUUUCUACAUCGGUUCACAUGCAUCGGUUCAUGUGUUUCGAAACGCAGAAGUGAAAGCGACUGCUGGUCAGUGGUUUGUAUGCACAAGUCCAACUGUCAACUUUAUUUUAUGUUUCUUUUGUUUCGCGCUCUAUACGCGUGUCAUCUAUAUACCUUCCACAUUGUCUUCGGCGUUGUAUGAGACUGUCGUCACAAGUAGUUUGUUACAGUGCACCUGGUGUAUUGGACGUGAUUUUCGAUAUUGGUGGUGUUUUUGACGUUGAUGUCAAUGCCUCUGUUGUCUUGUUGCUCAUGAAACUUGAAUAAUGGUUGCUGUAUCUUCAAACUAGCUCAAACUGUGACGUGAGGCAAAACAAAAUGUAGCGCAUGCUUUUUUUUUCUUUUUUUUUUCGGGACACAUAUGGUAUUUUGUUGCCUGUUUCGCUCUUUAUUUUGUAAAAAAAAAGCAUGCUAUAAUCGUUUGGUUCUCUGUAUAAAAGCUACAAAGUUUUUUUGCUUUGGGCCUUUCUUGAUUUUGUUUUUUCAAUAAAAAUAUACACUUGAG